CUGUUAGUAUACUUCGUACCACCUUCUGAGUCAUUACAGCAGUUUGCACCUCUCCAAGACAGCUCAUCAAUGCGGCGGUUGCUAAAUUUAAGUUUGGAAGAUAAGCGUCGAUUCCUGGAAUCCUUUGACUACGUCCUGACUGAUUGCGAUGGAGUUUUGUGGACUUUGAAUGAGCCUCUUGAAGGAGCUGAUCGUGCCAUUAGAGCCUUGAAGGAUGCUGGAAAACGUAUCGUUUUUGUCUCGAAUAAUGGAGCAAAAUCUCUGGAAAGGUAUCAGGAACAAAUUGCCGGAUUAGGACAUUCGGCGAGUGAAGACGACAUCGUUUGUCCGGCAAUAAGUGUAGUAAGACACUUGCAGUCAAUCAAUUUUCAAGGAUUAAUCUUCGCGAUAUGCUCAAAAACCUUCAUGGACAUUCUUAGGAAAGCUGGCUAUGAGGUCAUCAGUGGGCCUAGCGAUCCUCUCCCGGAGUCCGUUGACAUUAUCGUGAGCACUAUUGAUGACAAAUUACCAGUGAAAGCAGUCAUAUUUGACAACGAUUUCAACUUCAACCAUAUGAAAUUGUUUCGCGCCGAGUUGUACUUGAAAAAUGACCCCAACUGUUUGCUGAUUGCUGGAGCAAUCAGUCCACGAAUAUUCGUAACCCCUCUGGUGGAUGUGACCGGCAUGAGCCAAUACUUUAGUGUGUUAGAACAAAGUACCAACAGAAAAGCAGUAAUUCUAGGAAAACCAAGUCCUCGCUUGGCCGAGCAGCUGAAAAAUCAUUUGCAAAUCACACAAAAUCAUCGGGUACUGUUCGUGGGCGAUAUGAUUGCUCAGGAUGUGAUUUUCGGGCGGUUCGCUGGAUUCCAGACGUUGCUGGUGCUCUCUGGAGGAACCAGUCGCGAAAUGGUUGAAACACUGGAGAAUGACGAAAAUGUUCCUGAUUUUUACACGGAUAGUUUUGCUGACCUUGAUCGUUUGAUACAGGAUGUAACGCGGGAUGGAAAAGGCACAACUGAAUAGAUUUAGAGCAAUUACUUUGAGCAAAUUUCAUUGCUGUUUAUAUUAACUAAUAGAAACAUAAUGCAUCUUAAUAAUCAUGUUGCAAUCAUUCUUUUAACCCUCUACAACCCAACCCCGUCUUUAGACGGGCUUCGAUUUAAAAAAUCGCCAAACAUCCAUUUUUCAACCAAUUUUUGAUCUUUAAAAAGCAUUGGAAAGAAGAACUCUUAAAAUUUUAGGGUUGGAAGCUUUACUUGUUUUAUGUGACUUUGCCAAUGUUUUCAAAAAUGACAUUUAUUUAGGGGUCAAGUUUGGCUGUGUUUUUUUACUAACAUUUCCUAUAUUUUCAGUAAAAAGAAGUAUUUAUGCAGUAAUUUUUCUAGUGUCACAGACUUUGCCUCUACGCAUUUUUAUACAUUUUAAAUGAUAAUGGUGCCAUUUUAUAGCAGAAAAUGAGAAGAAAAGCAAAAAAAAAGUGACUGUAAAAACAUGAAAAAAUUAAAUAGGCAAAAUGUAAUGAUAGGAGGUGGCCAAAUACUACCAAAAACAAACAUAAACUAAACUAGAUAAAUGAAAAUUUAAAAUCUAAAAACAAAACAAGAAAAACAUAAUUGCACAAAAUGACCUCCUGAACAUGGGAAAAAUAAAAAAAAUCGAAAAAUUUAGGCGAAGAGAAUGUAAAACAUGGCUUAGGCCAAAAUAAUAUAAAACAUGAAAUGUGAAUGUUUUAAGGCAAAAUAACUCAAUCUGAACAUUUUUUUCUAAAUUUUUCUUUCGUAUUCUGCAGUGAGUUUGAAUAGAUUCCACACAACUUUCUAGAACAUAGCAUAAUUUUUUUACCCACACUCUGACGCGAUACAGGCUAGGGAUCAAGUGUCCCGGGGAUCAAUCUAUACUCUCCCCUAUUCGAAGUCUUUGGCAAUAAACAAAUAAAUUGCAAUGCU